CUUAGAAAAGUGUAUCAUGUGACAUGUGUAUAUAAAUUGGGAUGUCAACUCCACUUCCGGUAAGCACGGCGAGUUCUUGGUGCGCUUCUUCUAAGUUCUUGACACGGCCGGUGGCUCGACGAGCUGCGCAUUUCGGGAUCUUCUCCUUGGCGUGAGCAGUGGCAGAACUCCAAGGGCUGGUGGCCCAGGUGAGUCCAUAAGAACAAAGUCUAGAAGCGCAUCAUGACAAGGGGAGUAGGCAACAUGUCUUCACUGGUCUUCUUCACAGUUAGCGUGCUACUGCUCGCUGUUGCAUUUGUGGAUGUUAGUGCAUCUGGCAGCGGCUUUGUUGUUGUGAAACCACAUGGCUGCACGCACGACAAUGAGUGUUCCUAUGGCCAGAAGUGUUGUAAUGGAGACUGCAAGACGUGUGCUUGUUGCACCGACGCCCACUGCGGCUAUGGAAAAAAGUGCUGCAAUGGUGCCUGCACCAGUGCCGCGUGCUGCUCUGACAGCCACUGCGGCUAUGGAAAGAAGUGCUGCGGCGGCCAGUGCAAGGAGUGCUGCAGCGACAGCCAGUGUGGCUAUGGAAAGAAGUGUUGCAAUGGUGCCUGCUCCACUGCCGCGUGCUGCUCUGACAGCCACUGUGGCUAUGGAAAGAACCACUGUGGCUAUGGAAAGAAGUGCUGCGGCGGCCAGUGCAAGGAGUGCUGCAGCGACAGCAACUGUGGCUAUGGAAAGAAGUGCUGCGGAGGAGUCUGCACCAGUGCCCAGUGCUGCACUGACAGCCACUGCGGCUAUGGAAAGAAGUGCUGCGGUGGCCAGUGCAAGGAAUGCUGCAGCGACAGCACCUGUGGCUAUGGAAAGAAGUGCUGCGGAGGCGUCUGCACUAGUGGUCAGUGCUGCUCUGACAGUCACUGCAGUUACGGACAGAAGUGCUGCAGUGGCCAAUGCAAGGAGUGCUGCUCUAGCAGCCAAUGUGGCUAUGGAAAGAAGUGUUGUGGAGGCUCAUGCAAGAAGGUGGAGUGCUGCGCUAACAGCGACUGUUCAUAUGGCAAAAAGUGCAUCGAUAACUGCUGUAAGUAAGAGGGCCACGGGCCACUACAAGACAAGAAUUUCAAAGCCAUAUCUAGGGGCUAGUUUGAUAUUUUGCAAGGGAUGUAAUGCAACGGAAAUUGAACUGCAAGACCGGCAACUACAGCACGCAAUAGCAGGAGGGCAUCUAUAGACUAUCCUAGGUGGAUUGGCAUCUGUAGCGGACAAUAAUAGUAGGAAUGGCAACCAUAGCACGCAAUAGCAGGAGUGCAUCUAUAGCAGGAGGGCAUCCAAGGCAGGACAACAUCUAUAGCAGGACUGAAGUCUGAAGGUGUCAGUCCCCCGGGAGCGGCGGGAGGUCGAGAAGCCUGAUGGCAAUGCAACACCGUCGGAGUUCGCACAAAAAUGAGCGCUUUCUAGUGUAGCUGGAAAAGCUUCAUGCAUCAAGCCCAAGAUGUGCUGAAUCGCUUUAUGUUAUAAUUUACGGAGACUUGGGACGGAAUUCCAUCAAUAUGAAAAAACUCUAAUGUGUCUCGUAUAUAUAUACUGGCAAUGGAUAGCACAAGUGCACCUGAAACGUUGCAGAGAUGUUUGCCAAAUUGCCAGUGCUCAUUAUCAUUGUCUUGGACAGCCACUUUUUUGCAUUGUACAAGGAUUACUAAAG